AUGUCAACAUUGGAUACAAUUGUAAAAGAUUAUGACAAGAACAUCGUGUUAAGGGAUUGUCAAAGACAAGCCUUUGAAUAUCUACGUGACAAGAAAGGAGAUCUGUUGCUUAGUUUGCCUGUCGGUUAUGGAAAGAGUCUCGUAUAUCACCUACUCCCAAAGGUUCUGGGCAAAGGCAAGGAGACCCCCGUUUGUUUGACAAUUUCACCUUUGAAUAUUAUUCAAAAGGAUCAAAUUGAAGCCUUGAAAGUUCAUGGUAUCAGUGCCUGUAGACUGAAUAUUGUGUCCAGGGUGGAAGACACCACAGAUUGUGAUUUAAUUGCCGAGUGGGAGGUCGAUGUCGAGAGAGUGAAGAAGGGGGAUUUUUCAAUUGUUCUGUGUCAUCCAGAGGCCCUCUUUAAUACAAAAACAGGACAUGAAAUACUGUCCGAUGAGCAGUUUGCCUCACAAGUAGUCGCCGUUGUUAUUGAUGAAUGCCAUAUCAUAGAGAAAUGGGGAGAAGAAUUCAGGACUGCCUUCAAGAAGCUUAGAGGUGUAAAAUCCUUUUUUCCAAAUGUGCCAGUGAUAGGUUUGAGUGGUACUUUAACAGUUUCACAGAAGAGAACAAUUCCAAAACAGCUGGGACUUGAGAAUUUUCAUCUUAUAGAACAUACACCUGACAGACCUAAUAUAUUCCUAAUAAAAAAGAAGAAAGGCCAAGGUACUGAUGUUCUGAAUGAAUAUGAACAAAUAGUCCACAAAAUAUGUGAUGAUCUAUAUGAAAAGAAGGCAGAUUUCCCAGUAACAUUAUUAUUUUUGCCCAUAUAUUACAUGAGUGAAGCUACGAUUUAUUUGAAAAGCUUGUUUGGUUCUUUAAAUAUCAAUGAAUCACUCUACAGUGCAAUAUGUUCUGGACAAGAUGAAUAUGUAAUUAAUCAUACAAUAGCAGAACUGAAAAAGGAGAACCCAACUAUUCGGUUGGUUCUAACAACAUCAAUUGCAGGAAUGGGGUUCGAUCCCAAAAAUGUAACACAUAUUAUUCAUGCAUGCCCUCCCAGAAAUAUGUCACAAUACUUGCAGGAGAUUGGGCGUGCAGGUCGCUGUGGACAACCUUCAUUUGCAACUUUAUUCUAUUCUAAUCGUGAUAUAGGAAAGAAUCUGCCAGGAAUUAAGGAAGACAUCAUAAACUACUGUAAAAAUGAUUCUUUCUGCCUAAGGAAUCAACUUUUAUCUGUCUUUGGUUUUGAAAAAAAAGAAAGCAUUAUUGACUGUAAAUGUUGUUCGUUUUGUGCUGAAAACUGUAUUUGUGAAUCUUGUGUUGAUGUAACAAGUUUACAAAAUAUGCAUGUCUGA